CACACGUUUGUAAACAACAUGGCGGCUGUCGGAGUACCUCUGCUAGCUGACUGAUCUGACACAACCUUCAACUUUAUGGAUAUACCUCAUCUGCAGGGCCAUACCGGAGCCAUACUUAUACCAAACUGAUCAGGUUGCAACGAAACAUAACAGUCUGGACCGACGAGCCGCUGAGAAGACAGUUUGACGGACAAACGGCCCUCUUCAGUCUAUGGGCUCUCAGUCCAGUUCUGGGAUGUCUGGUGGAAGGAGCUCUUCCAGUGACAACCCAGCUGAGCGGUCUGAAGCAGCAGAACCGAACCGGAGCAGCGGCAGCCGGGGCCGCAGGACGGCGGACAGGCAACAGACAGACAGACAGUCAGCAGCAGAGGAGGACGUCGAUUUAGCUGAAGUGCUGGCUUACCUACUGAGGAGGGGCCAGGUCAGACUGGUCCAUGGCAGUGGAGCCACAGGGCUGCAGCUGGUCCAGUCAUACUCUGACUCUGAUGAGGACAGCGAUGGAGCCUGGGAAGGUCGGCUGGGAGACCGCUACAACCCACCAGUGGACACCCAGCCCGACACACUGGAAGUGGACCGAAGUGAAAUCAGAACUCAGAUCCUGCUGGCCACCGCCUCCUCUGCCCUGAAAGGCCGAAACAGUUUCACUCACAUGCUAACAGAGAGGGAACAAGGCAGAUGUAGAGGUUCUAGUUUUUCUCAUGGGGAGUGCAGUCGUAUCCGCACACAUUUCCUGCCAAACUAUGUAUCCCACAAAGAUACAUACCAGCAGAAAGCCUUCUGUGGAGUGUACAGCGAGGAUGGCAACAUGUUCCUCUCCGCCUGCCAAGACCAGAACAUACGCUUGUACAACACCACCAGGGGACGUUUUAAUCUACAGCAAACAGUGAAGGCUCGAGACGUGGGCUGGAGCGUGCUGGACGUCUGCUUCACCCCUGAUGCGCACCAUGUGCUGUACUCCAGCUGGUCUGACUACAUUCAUUUGUGCAGUAUAUAUGGAGACAGUGAAAACCACACCGCCCUGGACCUCAAUCCAGAUGAAAGGAGGUUCUGUGUGUUCUCCCUGGCUGCAUCCACAGAUGGCAAAGAGAUCCUCGGAGGAGCAAAUGAUGGCUGCCUUUACGUUUUUGACCUUGAGCAGAAUAAACGAACGUUGAAGAUCGAUGCCCACGAGGAUGACGUGAACGCGGUGGCAUUCGCUGACAGCUCAUCCCAGCUGCUCUUCUCUGGCAGCGACGACGCGCUGUGCAAGGUGUGGGAUAGACGGACGCUUCGGGAAGACAGGCCACAGCCUGUCGGACAGCUGGCUGGACACCGAGAUGGCAUCACCUUCAUUCACAGCAAGGGUGACGCACGCUAUCUGAUCAGCAACUCGAAGGACCAGUCCAUCAAGCUCUGGGACGUCAGGAAGUUCUCCCCCAAAGAGGGCCUGGCAGCUUCCCGCCUGGCUGUCACCCAACAAAACUGGGAUUACCGCUGGCAGCAGGUUCCCCAGAGAGCCCUGAAGAGACAUAAGCUAACAGGCGACACCUCGGUGAUGACGUACCGUGGUCAUGGUGUUUUGCAUACCCUCAUCCGUUGCCGUUUCUCCCCAGAGUUCAGCACUGGCCAGAGGUUCAUCUACUCUGGCUGCUCCACUGGAAAAAUAAUCAUUUACGAUGUGCUUACGGGCAGCGUGGUCUCCAGACUGUCAGGCCAUGAUGCCUGUGUGAGGGACGUCACUUGGCACCCGUACGAGGACAACAUCGUUAGCAGCUCUUGGGACGGAGCGGUGCGAAUGUGGGAGCACAGACAAACCCAUCCUCUGGAGGAGGAGAGAGAGAGGGACAGAGACUGACAACAAGAGAAAGACAAAAGGAAAAGAUGUCGGAAGGAGAGACAUCACCUCAGACAGGGCAAGACAGUCCCUAACAAAGGAAGACAAUAAGCUCAGAAGGACUGGGGGAGACUAUAAAGACUAUAUCUUUUAAAUUCAAUGCUGGAUAUUAAUGAUUACAAUAACAGUGUGGUUGUGAAGUGUUCAGUUGGAAGGCAUUGUAGCCUGACAUUGUAAAGGUCAGAUUAGAGCACACUGAGACGGCCUACUUCUGUUUUUUCUUUUUUGCCUCACUGUCUUACACCAAACAGGCCAAAGCUUUUCUACUUGGCUUGAAACUCUUCACUCAAAAUGUGCUGAAGCUCAAAACGCCAAGCACUGCACUUAGUUAAUGACCUGUUGAAAUGUAUUGGUAAGAUAGUUAGAUAAAAUCAAUGUUGGAUAUUGCAGGGAGAAAGGAUGAUGAUGAUUAUGUAUAAAUGUAUAGUAUUUGUUCAGGGAGGUAUUUAGACAGUUGUCAGUGUUCUGAUUUGAACUCCGAUUUCGACUUUGCUCUAAUAUGAAUAACAUGAUCUGUUUCAGGGGCUAUCACAUUCAAAAUGCACAUUUAAAGACUAUAUUGAAUAUGAAUAUAUUAAAAUAAUCCAGAACUUUAUUUGCCAGCUGCCUAAAGUCACAACUCCUGUUAUCAUGUAACUUUGUGGAGUUUCCCAUUGAUCCACUGAUUUCCUGGUGGUCUGAAGUCUUAUUGAUCCUGGGUUAGCGCUCAACUCUGUAAACAGCUCUGAGCCAAUUUAAAAAGAGACAGUAAUUUUGCUUGUCAGUAUAGACAUGUGAUCAGUUCAAAAGAUUUGAUUGUCGGUGAUAAUCUGUUAAUAUUGGGAGGACAUGCGUGUGAAUAACAACUUAAACACUCAUCUGUUUAUGCAAUUUUCAGGUGUUUAUAUCAAGUCACUCAUAUUUCUCUCAGACCAUUGUUUUUCAGUAACAAUAAAACCUUCUGUAAACAUA